CUAGUGAUCUUAAAAGUACCAGAGAGAUUUUAAUUAACCUAGCUUAGCUGGGUUCUACUUGUUACUUGGAAUUGAGUUGAUCCCUCUAGCUGACGUAUAAACCCUAAUUUCGUGAUUUUUGUAUCAAACACGAAGCUAAUACUGGUUCUUCGGCUGGGUCCAUGGAUAAAUCAGGCCCGGUGCAGAAAACUGUUGUGAUCCAGCCAUUUGUCAAGUUGGUGAGGCUUGUAGCGAGAGCUUUCUAUGAUGAUUAUACUACGAAAAGCGAUAAUCAGCAGAAAUCUGCAAAGAGUGACAACCGAGGGAUUGCCGCUGUGGUGCUUGAUGCGCUGACCAGGCGGCAGUGGGUUAGAGAAGAAGACUUGGCAAAAGAUUUGCAGUUACACGCCAAGCAACUUCGAAAAAUUAUAAGACUCUUUGAAGAACAAAAAUUGAUUAUGCGUGACCACCGGAAAGAGACUGCAAAGGGUGUAAAGAUGUAUAGUGCUGCAGUGGCUGCCACAAGCGAUGGCCGAGCAGAGGACAAAGUUAAGCUCCACACCCACUCGUAUUGUUGUCUCGAUUAUGCACAGAUAUCUGAUGUUGUUCGUUGUAAACUGCACCGGAUGAAAAAAAAGCUCAAAGAUGAGCUAGAAGAUAAGAAUACUGUUCAGGAGUAUGGCUGUCCUAACUGCCAAAGGAAAUAUAAUGCGCUGGAUGCUCUGAGAUUAAUUUCUAUGCUAGACGAUUCUUUUCAUUGUGAAAAUUGCAAUAGUGAACUUGUUGUGGAGUGUAACAAGCUAACUUCCGAAGAAGUAGUAGAUGGAGAUGAUAAUGGAAGGAGACGACGGCGGGAAAAACUAAAAGAUAUGCUUCAGAAGUUGGAGGCUCAAAUGAAACCUCUGGUGGAUCAAUUAGACAGAAUAAAAGAUCUACCUAUUCCUGAAUUUGGAUCUUUUCUGGCAUGGGAGGCUCGUGCAGCUAUGGCUGCUCGCGCAAAUGGUGAUCUUAACCCUAAUGAUCCUUUGAGGUCACAGGGUGGGUAUGGUUCAACACCAAUGCCAUUUCUCGGAGAGACAAAGGUUGAGGUUAACCUUGGCGACGGGAACGAGGAUGUUAAAUCUAAAGGUGGAGAUUCCAGUUUGAAAGUCUUGCCUCCAUGGAUGAUUAAGCAAGGAAUGAAUCUGACUGAGGAACAAAGAGGUGAAAUGAGACAAGAAGCAAAGGUUGAUGGUGGUUCAGGAGGAGCAGCAAAACUUUCAGAUGACAAGAAAUCAGCCAUUGGAAAUGGCGAUGAAAAGGAUAUAAAGGAUGAAUAUCUCAAAGCUUACUACGCCGAACUGCUGAAGCAGCAAGAGCUUGCUGCAAGGCUUAAUCAACAAGAAUCCGCUGGUGAAUUAACUCCUGAUAUUCAAUUGGCUACUACAUCCCCAGGUCGCGAGGUUGGUAAGAAGUCCAAACGUGAAGAGGAUGAUGUUGAAUGGGAAGAAGAGGCUCCUGUUGCAGCUAAUGGAAACUACAAGGUGGACUUGAAUGUGGAAGCAGAAGCCUCGGGUGGUGAAGAAGAAGAGGAAGAUGACGUCGACUGGGAAGAAGGCUGAAAGCAAGUGGAUCAACCAUUGAUCACAGGAUUAAGGUAGACUGUGAAUUCUCUCAUGUACACACUAUAAGAGUUAACUCUUUGGGAAUCUCAUCAUCGACACCAAACUCCUCAAUUUGUACUUGUCGAAGCAGACGAAAGAUUGAUGCAUCUGUGAAACAAAUAUGGUUUGGAUUGAGAUUCCAUUAGCUAAUGUUUUGUCUUAUAUUGGGGGUUUCUCUUAUAAAAUGUUCAAAAAGUGGUGAUAGUUAUGUAAUUUAGAUUACGGAUAAGGUCUAGUGAAGUCAUUUAAGGAUUCUUGUUGUUGUUUAAAGUCGUCAUAUCUCGGUGUUUUUAUUUGAGUAAGAACAAUAUUACGAAGAAUAAUUUUAGUAAAAAUCGUAUUGAUGAUA